ACCACCAGUAGCGGCAAACAUGGCUGCCCCUCAAGUGUGUGAUGAAACAGAGCUAGCAAAAAUGUCUUAAUGUUGGAACUAUAGAAAGUCAAAUCAACUGUCUUUCUGUGUCAGACGAAGAUAAAUUAUAUUAUCUUUAACUUAAUGCGUAACAAGUGAAAAAUGACGUCCAUUAUUAAACUGACCGCCGUGUCAGGGGUUCAGGAGGAGUCCGCGCUGUGCUACCUGCUGCAGGUGGAUGAGUUCCGCUUCCUCCUGGACUGUGGCUGGGAUGAGAACUUUUCAAUGGACAUCAUUGACGCUAUGAAACGAUAUGUCCAUCAGGUUGAUGCCGUGCUUCUCUCCCACCCUGACCCCAUACACCUGGGAGCCCUGCCAUAUGCCGUGGGCAAACUGGGUCUAAACUGCACUAUCUAUGCCACGAUCCCUGUCUACAAGAUGGGUCAGAUGUUUAUGUAUGAUCUGUAUCAGUCUCGAAACAACAGUGAAGAUUUCACGCUGUUCACCCUCGAUGACGUGGAUUGUGCGUUUGAUAAAAUCCAGCAGCUGAAAUACUCUCAGAUUGUCAAUUUGAAAGGAAAAGGACACGGCCUCUCUAUCACUCCUCUUCCCGCCGGACACAUGAUUGGAGGCACCAUUUGGAAAAUUGUGAAGGACGGGGAGGAGGAGAUCAUAUACGCUGUGGACUUCAACCACAAGAGAGAAAUCCACCUCAACGGCUGCUCGUUGGAGAGCAUCAGCCGUCCAUCCUUACUCAUUACAGACUCUUUCAACGCUGCAUAUGUACAACCACGUCGCAAACAGAGAGAUGAGCAGCUCCUGACUAAUGUAAUGGAGACCCUACGUGGGGAUGGUAAUGUUCUUAUCGCCGUGGAUACGGCCGGGCGUGUGCUGGAGCUGGCUCAGCUCCUCGACCAGAUUUGGAGGACGAAGGACGCUGGGCUGGGAGCGUACCCGCUAGCUCUGCUAAACAACGUCAGCUACAAUGUGGUGGAGUUCUCCAAGUCCCAGGUGGAGUGGAUGAGCGACAAACUCAUGAGGUGUUUUGAGGACAAGAGAAACAACCCCUUCCAGUUCCGACACUUGACCCUUUGCCACAGCCUGGCCGACCUGGCCCGCGUGCCCAGCCCCAAGGUGGUGCUUUGCAGCCAGCCAGACCUCGAGUCUGGCUUUUCCCGGGAACUUUUCAUCCAGUGGUGCCAGAGCGCUAAAAACUCUAUCAUCCUGACGUACCGCACUACCCCGGGGACCUUGGCCCGCUACCUCAUCGACAACCCCGGAGAAAAGAUGCUGGAUCUGGAGGUGAGGAAAAGAGUGAAGCUUGAAGGCAAGGAGCUGGACGAGUUCCUUGAAAAGGAUAAAAUAAAGAAAGAAGCUGCUAAAAAACUUGAACAAGCAAAAGAGGUGGACGUGGACUCCAGUGACGAGAGCGACAUGGAGGACGAUCUGGACCAGCCGGCCACCGUGAAAACCAAACACCACGACUUGAUGAUGAAGGGUGAGGGGAGCCGCAAAGGCAGUUUCUUCAAACAAGCCAAAAAGUCGUAUCCGAUGUUCCCCACGCACGAGGAGAGGAUCAAAUGGGACGAGUACGGAGAAAUCAUCAGGCUGGAAGAGUUUCUGGUUCCUGAGCUGCAAGCCACAGAGGAGGAGAAGAGCAAACUGGAAUCUGGGUUGACGAAUGGGGAUGAGCCCAUGGACCAGGAUCUGUCCGUCGUCCCCACUAAAUGCAUCUCAAGCAUGGAAAAUCUCGAAAUAAGAGCGAGGAUAACCUACAUAGACUACGAGGGCCGCUCCGACGGCGACUCCAUAAAGAAGAUUAUUAAUCAGAUGAAACCGAGGCAGCUGGUGAUCGUUCACGGGCCACCUGAGGCCAGUCUGGACCUGGCUGAGUCCUGCAAGGCUUUCAGCAAAGACAUAAAGGUCUACACGCCCAAACUGCAGGAGACGGUGGACGCCACCAGUGAGACGCACAUCUACCAGGUGCGGCUGAAAGACUCUCUGGUGAGCUCCCUGCAGUUCUGCAAGGCCAAAGACACGGAGCUGGCUUGGAUCGACGGCGUGCUGGACAUGCGCGUGGUGAAGGUGGACACCGGCGUGAUGCUGGAGGAGGGCGUGAAGGAGGAGGCGGACGACGGCGAGCUGGCCAUGGACGUCGCCCCCGAUCUCGGCGUCGACCACAGCACCACGGCGGUGGCGGCGGCUCAGCGCGCCAUGAAGAACCUGUUCGGGGAGGACGAGAAGGAGGCGUCCGAGGAGAGCGACGUCAUUCCCACGCUGGAGCCGCUGCCUCCAAACGAGAUCCCGGGGCACCAGUCCGUGUUCAUCAACGAGCCUCGUCUGUCCGACUUCAAGCAGGUCCUGCUGAGGGAGGGCAUCCAGGCCGAGUUUGUGGGAGGCGUGCUCGUAUGCAACAACAUGGUGGCCGUUCGCAGGACGGAGGCCGGACGCAUCGGCUUGGAAGGCUGCCUGUGUGACGACUACUAUAAGAUCCGGGAGCUGCUGUAUCAGCAGUACGCUGUUGUAUAGCAGCAGCAGCAGCAGCAGCAGCAGGACUCGCUGCAGCACAGCACAACCAUGGCAAUACAGAGACAAUCCUUUACAAGGACUGUACCCAGAGGAGGCGAGUGCAGCUCUGCUCCGUGGGCUCCUCCGGCUUCCUCACUGCAAAUCUUGUUGUACAUUUCCCCCUUUUUUAUAUAUUUUGUUUUUCAGGUAACAUUUUUUUAAUAAUUUCCCUCCGUAAAGUGACAGACAGAUGCUUCCCCUGGACUGACCUCUCUACUUGAACGAGAACCCCCCCCCCCCUCGAGGCUCCUACGGGCUCACACCACUGUACAGUUACGCAGUUUAGAGAGAUUUUUUUUUUCUUCCUGUUCCGACAUUAAAAAGAUUCCCCUUUUUCAAACACGAA